ACGACAGACGUAUAAGUCGCGAACCUCCCUAAACGUUCCCAACAAAUGCACCUCCCACGGUAUCAAAAAUUUACUUGAAAGAAAAUAAUUCAGCCGCACACGCGCAUAAGUACAAGUAAAACACACACGUAAUGCCAUUCCAAUCCCGAGCCCAGGCCCUCGUCAACGCGCAAACCGGCGCCGACGCCCGUCUAUCCCGGCACUCCGCCCAAUCCACCUCCUCAUCCACCUCAUCCACCUCAUCCACCUCAUCCACCUCACCCGCCGUCCCAAACAUUGAAGCCCUCAUCGCCCACGUAGAACAGCACGGCUACGUAAUCAUCCCCGCCGCCUUUUCCGGCCCGGAAGCAGACGAAGCCCACGCCGAGAUCGUCCGCCUCACAUCCUCGCCCGAAACAGCCGGGCCAGCGGGAGGGUUCGCGACCCCUACUAAUGAUGGCGGCACCCUCACAAAUAACAGCACCACAACAGGCGACAGCGACAGCACAGGCGGCGGCAGAAACAGCUUCGAAGGCUUCAAAACACACCGCAUCUACGCCCUCCUCAACAAGUCCCCCGUCUUCCACAAGUUCCCCACCCACCCGGCCCUCCUCGCGCUCAACAACCACUUCCUUGACCCGGGCUUCCUCCUCAACGCCUUCCACAGCGUCUACAUCCAGCCCGGCGAGGUCCCGCAGGCGCUGCACCACGACGACGGCUACGUCGGGGUACCGAGGCCCCAUCGGCCCUUUGGGACGGGCGUAAUGGUCGCCCUCGACGACUUCACCCCCACAAACGGCGCGACCGUCAUCAUCCCAGACUCCCACACCUGGGGCCCCGACACCACACACCUCCCCCAGCGCAAAGACGCCAUCCCCGUCGUCAUGGACAAGGGCAGCGCCGUCUUCUUCCUCGGCACCCUCUGGCAUGGCGGCGGGGAAAACACCUCGCCCGGCCCCAGGAGGGCGCUGACGAUCCAGUACUGCCAGCCCUGGAUGCGGCCCCUCGAGAACCAGAUCCUCGCCGUCGAGUGGAACAAGCUGGCCGGGAUGCCGAGGCGGCUGGUGGACCUGCUCGGGUACGAGCCCGGGGCCCCCUUUGUAGGGUACGCGGAUGGGGUUCACCCGUGGAAGGUUGUCCAGAGGCUGAGAGAGCAGAAGGAAAGGGGUCACUGGCAGGGGAAGUUGUAGAUUGCUUUCGAUUCCGUGUUUGAUCUCGGGCGGUGUCACUAAGCGAAUGAGUCGAGUGUUGACUACAUAUUGUAUUGAUUUGACCCUGGCAGGCCGUCGUAUCCAUCCCCACACCAACGUAAAACCGCCACCAAAAAAUAUCUACGAGAAGAGUAUCAACAGUCGCACCAUGUAAAGAUUACAGUAUAUAUAGCAUCUCAUCAGAUGCUAAUGUUUGCCAUCGUAUAUGACAAUGAAUGCCGCCAAGUUAGCGGGUGCGCCAUGCCCAAAUCCC